AGUCAACCUCUCGAAUUCAAAGCAUUUCCAUUACAAAGUAAAAUCGCAAAAUGGCAUUCAAGUUUGUAAUUGCUCUCGCCUUCGUUGCUGUCGCCAAUGCAGGACUUUUGCCAGCCGCUCAAGUAUACAGUGCUGCUCCAGUAGUCGCCGCUGCUGCUCCAGUCUUGUCCAAAGCCGUAGAUGAAUACGAUCCACAUCCACAAUACAAUUAUGCUUACGAUGUUCAAGAUGCUUUAACUGGAGACUCAAAGAGCCAAAUUGAAUCUCGUGAUGGAGAUGUUGUCCGUGGACAAUACUCCCUAAUCGAUGCCGAUGGACACAAGAGAAUUGUUGACUACACUGCUGACCCAAUCAACGGAUUCAACGCUGUUGUUCAACGCCAACCAUUGGGAGCUGCUGUUGUUGCUAAGGCUGUUGCUCCAGUUGUUGCCAAAGCCGUUGCUCCAGUAGCAUACAGUGCUCCCCUUGUGGUCAAAGCUGUCGCCCCAGUAGCUUACAGUGCUCCUCUCGUCGCCAAGGCCAUUGCCCCAGUAGCAUACAGUGCUCCUGUUGUCGCCAAGGCUGUAGCUCCAGUUGCUUAUGCUGCUGCCCCAGUUGCUGCCUACCCAGGACACGCUAUCGUUAAGACCUCAUUCUCUUCUCCAGUUGCUUAUGCUGCUGCCCCAGUUGCUGCCUACCCAGGACAUGCUAUCGUUAAGACCUCAUUCUCUUCUCCAAUUGUUUCUUAUGCUCAUUAAGAAAAAGAUUCUUAUUGACCGUGAUAUUAUAAAUUAUGGAUCUCCUUUAUAAGGAAUUUCCAAUAUUUUAUUAAAUAAAACCUGUUUUGCAAAUAUA